UUGUGUUCGUCUCUUCCGAAAGGUCCGCUAGGAACUAUAAGUAUAACUGGAAGUAUAACUUGGCGUGACGAGAGUAUAGAUUUGUGUAUUUCAGGGGUUAUGCUAUUUGAUUUAGUUUUUGGGUUGCAGAUUUGAAGACUGUGCUGGAUUUGAUGUCCACGUUUAGUUGAGAUUAGACGGUCAUCAUGGAUCAUAUACAUCUACUGUGCAUCAUCAUCUUUGCGACCCAUGCACCCUUGGCUUCAUCUUCCAACUCGUUUCAUUUUGAUCAAAGCGACACCCACCUCUCCGUGAAUGCAAAUGACAUCCUCGUCAUUGACCACAAACCAACCUCUCCCUUCGUUUUCAUCGGCUCUGGAUCAGUAACCACUCGUAGUCAGUAUGGUAACUACAGGAUUGAUGACUUUGAUGAAAGCAGAGUUCCAUUGCAGAAAUUCUCUGUUGGAAAGCAGGAGAUAGGGGAGGGAGGUGUCGUUAAAACAAGGGUAACCUUCAGUGUUACUGGAUGUGAUGAAAAGGGAGAUGUUGCUGUAGACUUUGUGUCCUCGCCAGAUUCCAUGUACGCUGAGUUUGUUGCGGUACCACAUGGUUUCAACCGACUAUGGAUCCGCCUUCAUGCUGAAGAGGGAGAGAAGGUGUAUGGAGGCGGAGAGCAGUUUACGUUCUUUGACAUGAGAGGGCGCACCUUUCCUCUCUGGGUACAAGAACAGGGAGUUGGUAGGAAUAAGAGUUCACUUAUAACACUGCUGUCCAACAACCGCGAUAAUGGCGGUGGAGAUUACUACACCACAUACUGGGCCCAGCCAACCUUCCUUUCAUCCAGAAAAUACUACGCCCACUUCACCACCACCAGCUAUUCAGAAUUCAACUUCCGCUUUGACGACUUCCACGAGGUGUACAUUUUGAGCGGCUCUCCAGGAAAGAUCCAUUUCUUUACUGGGCCAUCCUACGUGGACCUGGUCGGGCAGUUCACAGCCUUCCAGGGGAGACAGCCUCCUAUUCCAGAGUGGGUCUACAAUGGAGUGGUUCUUGGUCUACAGGGUGGCACAGAAAGGAUGCUGCACUACUUGAAAAUGGCCCAGGAUAAUGACAUCAAGGUCAGUGCUGUUUGGAUCCAAGACUGGUCAGGACGGAUCCGGACUUCUUUCGGGAGGCGUAUCUUUUGGAACUGGCAGUGGGAUCCCAACCACUACCCUGGUCUUGAUAAAGUCAUCGCUGAUCUGAAAACCAAAGGUAUCCAGGUCUUGGUCUACACUAACCUCAACCUCAAUCAAGAAGGGAACCUCUUCAAGGAAGCUGAACAACUAGGCUAUCUCAUCCUGAACAAAGAUGGAAAUUCUUAUCGUUUGGACUAUGGAGAGUUCAUCUGUGGCAUUGUAGAUAUCACUAACCCAAAGGCUGCUCAGUGGUACAAAGACCGCAUCAUCAAGAAGAAUAUGAUAGAGUUAGGGAUCAGCGGAUGGAUGGCUGAUUUUGGGGAGUACCUACCGACGGAUGCAUAUUUCAGCAAUGGAAAGUCAGGUAUGGACCUCCACAAUGAAUGGCCGACGCUAUGGGCCCAAAUCAACCGUGAAGGAGUGGAGGAAGCUGGCAUGUUGGGUGAGAUCCUGUACUGGAUGCGGGCAGGGUUCAGUGGUUCACAGAGGUAUGGCGUGAUGACAUGGGCAGGAGAUCAGUUUGUGGAUUUCAGUUUGAGUGACGGUAUUGCAUCCGUCAUUCCAGCUGCACUGUCUCUGGGCAUAUCUGGCUUUGGAUUGUUUCAUUUUGACAUUGGAGGAUUCACCUCUCUCUUCAACUACACACGAACGGAAGAGCUGAUGUUCCGGUACGGGGAAAUGGCCGCCUUCACAACCAUGAUGCGAACACACGAGGGCAAUCGUCCCGACGACAAUCUCCAAUUCUACUCCAACGAACGCACUCUCUCCCAGCUCGCUUGUCAUACACAGAUUUUCCAUGCUCUGAACAGGUACAGGCAUGCUGUCGUCGAGGAAAACAGCGUAAGGGGCAUACCUGUCCAGCGUCCUCUCUUCUUGCAUUACGAAUCCGACCCUAGAUCCUACAGCGUGCAGUAUCAGUAUAUGUUUGGCCCUGAUCUGCUGGUUGCACCUGUAUAUGAAGCUGGAGUAGAAACAUGGGAUGUGUACCUUCCACCUGAUGACUGGGUCUUCAUGUGGGAUGAGACCAUUACUUCUAUGGGUGAUGAGACUGUUACAGUGGAAGCACCUAUCGGUAUGAUCCCCGUCUUCUAUCGACGUGAGUCCCAGUGGGCUGACCUUUUCCGGGAUGUUAGGGAUGUCCGUAACAAAUUAUACUCUGAUGUUGAUAAUGGAUAUUGCUCCAGAGAUAAACCAUGUCCUUGAUUUUGUUGAUCCACUUCUCUCAAUAAUGUAACAUUCUAAUGAAAUUUUAGUGAAUUCCUACAGGCACUUAAAGCCCCUCUAAACUGUUGGGAGCCCCAAAUUUGCCAAAAAUGUUAUGGCAAAAUUUCAUUUAUU